AUGGCACCUAGACUUCCUCCUCCUCCUCCACCACAGACCAAUGAACAUGAUGUGCCCAAUAACACGAGGCUGUUGGAAUCUGUGAUCGAGAAGCUACAAGAACAGAAUGCUGUUCUGAUGCAGCAGAACGCGACUAAUUCACAAAAUCUCGAAGCUGCUCGCGCCAAUUCUGAAAUGACUCAGAGGCAACUAAUGGAGAUUCUUGCAGCUACUAGGGGUACGCCGGGAGCAUCUGCUUCAAAUGCUACUCAUCAGGCUGAGUGGACUUUGGAGAGCUUUUUGCAGCAUCGCCCUGCAAAGUUUGAUGGGAAGUGCCUUCCUGACGGAGCUGAUCAGUGGAUAAGGGACAUGGAACAGAUCUAUGAUGCCAAGGAUUGUCCAAACGAUCGAAGACUGGCAUUCACUGAAUAUUUAUUGACUGGAGAGGCCAGUCAUUGGUGGUCGACUGCGAAGAUGUUGCUAACGGAAUCUCACAGCCCUAUUUCCUGGAAAGUCUUCAAGGAGAAGUUUUAUGAGGAGUAUUUUCCAGAUAGUGUUCGUUUCGGCAAAGAAGUGGAAUUUCUCCAGUUGGUGCAAGGUAAUAUGUCUGUUUCUGAGUACACCAACAGGUUCAAACAUCUGGUUCGUUUUCAUACCCUUGCCACCAGUGAAGUGUGGCAGUGCAGGAAGUUUGAAAAUGGACUGAGGAGUGAUCUUAAGGUAUUGAUAUCUAGCCUCUGCAUUAAGUCUUUUCCUGCCAUGAUUGAGAGAGCAAAAGUGUUAGAGAAAAAUGUGGCUGAAGCAGAACGACUGAAGAAGCAGCAACCACCAGCUAGAGGGCCGAUCAUGUCCAGGCCGAAUCUGAAUCGGAACAGGUUACCGUAUGCUCGUCCAGCACAACCAUCAAAUUCUCAGGCUAUGGUUGUUGCCGGACAGUCUGGACAGCAUGGAUCAGUCAGAUGUUUUAAGUGUGGAGGACCACACUAUCGAUCGUCGUGUCCUCUGUUGGAGGGAGCGAAAUACUGUACUCGCUGCAGAAGAGAUGGUCACAUGGAGCACGAGUGUAAUAUGGGCGGGCGUGCAGUAAUGAGGCCGCCAAAUGCCGGAAGGAUGCAACAGAAUCGGGGUGGAAGAGCACAAGCGGUUGGUCGUGUUUAUGCUAUAACAGGCGCCGAAGCUGCCAGUUCAGAGGUUGAAGGACGUAACUAUAAGGUAAACCUCAUCUGCCUACCCCUAAAGGAUUUAGAAGUGAUCCUAGGAAUGGAUUGGUUGGCUGCAAAUCGCAUUCUCAUUGACUGUGGUGCUAAGGAAUUGGUGUUUCCAGACGAGUACGAAGUAGAGCUAUCAGUGACGCUCGGUCAACUAAAGGAAGACAUCGUGGAUGGUGCUAGUUGUUUUCUGAUCAUGACGCAUUCGGACGAACGACUUGAAGGUUUGAAUCAUGAGCGAUCGUCCAAUAAGUCGAGUGGAGAACGAUCAGUCGUGGAUGAAUUCCCUGAUGUAUUUCCUGAUGAAGUGCCUGGAUUACCUCCUCCACGCGAGGUGGAAUUUACUAUAGAUCUAGUGUCGAAUGCUGGACCUAUCUCUAUUGCACCAUAUCGGAUGUCGCCAGCAGAGUUAGCUGAACUCAAGGAACAGAUAGAAGAGUUAAUGGAUAAGCAGUUUAUCAGACCAAGCGCAUCACCUUGGGGAGCACCGGUACUCUUAGUGAAGAAGAAGGAUGGUAGCUCUCGUCUCUGCAUUGAUUACAGACAGUUAAACAAGCUAACUAUCAAGAACAAAUAUCCUUUGCCUCGGAUUGACGAUUUACUGGAUCAAUUACAUGGCACGACCAUAUUCUCGAAGAUUGAUUUACGGUCGGGAUACCAUCAGAUUCGGGUAAAGGAAGAAGACAUCCAGAAGACGGCCUUUCGAUCUCGUUAUGGACACUACGAGUAUGUAGUGAUGCCAUUCGGUGUGACUAACGCCCCAGCAAUAUUUAUGGACUACAUGAAUCGUAUCUUCAGGCCGUAUCUAGACAAGUUCGUGGUUGUAUUCAUUGAUGAUAUUUUGGUCUACUCCAAGAGCUAUGAAGAACAUGAGGAUCAUUUGAGGACUGUUCUGGGCAUACUAAGAGAAAAGGAGUUGUACGCCAAGUUCUCUAAAUGUGAAUUUCUGAUGAAGGAAGUGCAGUUCUUGGGACACAUAGUUUCAGCUGGAGGAAUAUCAGUGGAUCCGGCAAAAGUAAGAGCAGUAUUGGAAUGGGAGAGUCCACGUUCGGUAACUGAAGUUCGUAGCUUUGUGGGACUCGCGGGCUACUAUAGACGGUUCAUUGAAGGGUUUUCCAAGAUAGUAGCCCCGUUGACUCAGCUGACCAGAAAAGAUCAAUCGUUCGCUUGGACCGAUCGGUGUGAAGGAAGUUUCCAGGAAUUGAAGAAUAAGUUAACGAGCGCCCCGGUAUUGGUCAUUCCUGACGCGGCCAAACCAUUCGUGGUGUAUUGUGACGCGUCUCAUCAGGGUUUGGGUUGUGUACUCAUGCAAGAAAAGAGAGUGGUUGCGUAUGCUUCUCGGCAACUGAAGGUUCACGAGAAGAAUUAUCCAACUCACGACUUGGAAUUAGCAGCAGUCGUCUUUGCUUUGAAAAUCUGGAGACACUACUUGUAUGGUUCAACGUUCCAAAAGGAGCUGAAUAUGAGACAGAGACGUUGGCUGGAGUUCUUGAAGGACUACGACUUUGAACUACUCUACCAUCCGGGAAAAGCAAAUGUGGUAGCAGAUGCUUUAAGCAGAAAAGUAGUUCACGUCUCCUCCAUGAUGGUCCGAGAGUUGAGUUUGGUAGAAAGUUUUAGAGAUCUAAGGUUACAGUUUGACUUGCAACCGAAUGUUAUCAAAUGCUGUACUCUUAGAAUCUCUAGUGACGUAUUCGACCGGAUCAGAGUGAAGCAGCGAGAAGAUGAAGAGUUGGUGAAGAUCUUAAGCGUACUCGGUACAGAUCAAGCAAAACACUUUAACAUUGGAACUGAUGGUCUUCUACGCUACAUGGAUAGAACCGAGCCUAGGCUGAACAUCAAAGGCCAGGUGGUCUACUUCAGCAGUUAG